AUUAUGGCCAUGAUGGUUUCACCAACUGACUUUCUCGACGCUCAUUACUACCUUUACUUGUUUGUCCUCUUCACUGGUGCUUUCCUCCUUCGAGACACACUUCGAAAUCGCCAUCUAUCCCGAUUUCCUCACCUCAACCCCAAGCCUGUGACGGAGCUGACCAAAACUCGCAUCCGCAAGGAGUUCUUCACCACAUCCUACACCAUCAUUCGUCAGUGGUUCCACACCAACCCCGACAAGGCAGUCCGGGUCACGGCAGAUGUGGGCGAUGUCAUCAUCUUGCCCGCCCGACUGGCCAAUGAAAUCAAAAACGACCCCCGGCUGAGCUUUGGAGAGUUUAUUUACAACUCGUUCCACGCGAGCCUUCCGGGGUUUGAAGGCUUCAGAGAGGGUGCCAGGGAUUCGAGGAUUGUGCAGGCAGUCAUAGUGCGCGAUCUGACAAAGCACCUGAACAAGGUGACCGAGCCUCUGGCAGAAGAAACGAGACUCACGCUUGAUGAGCUACUACCCCAUACUGUGACAAGGGCUGUGGUAUCAGGGCUUGGAACUCAUGGUUCAAUUCAGGCUAAUAAUCUUCAAUGGCCUCGAAGUCUGUGA